AUGGAUGAUUUAUAUACUCUGAUUCGUGAUAAAACAAAAACGCAAGAAGGUAGUCAUCGAGUAGCAGCUGAAAUCGUUGCUGGAAUGAUUCGUGGUUCCAAACACUGGACAUUAGAUAUGCUUGAUGAACUCUGGAAGAAACUAACACCAUUUCUUAAUGAAGUUUGUACGAAUCUUAGUGUAGAAACUGUUUCGCAUUGGGGUUCAUGUUUUAAAUAUGGCAUGGAAGAUGAAGAUCCACGUCGAAUGUAUCGUCCUAUUGAAUUUCUUCGUUCAUUAAUGAACAAUCAAACCAUGGGAAAUACAUUUCUUGAAACAUCACAAUGGUCUCUUAUUCAAAGAUUAGAUAAUUUUGAAUGGCGUAUUCCUGCAAUAUGGUGUGCGAUUAAUCAAUAUGCUAAAGAAUUUCUUGAUCAUCCAUAUAAAGCAAUACGAGAACAUAUUGCUAGUGUUUUAGGCACAUCAUUGAGUUUUGACAUACGAUUAUCUAAUGGUCAGUCAACACGUCAUCCAAAUGUUGAUCAAUUUAUUGAUAGUAUUCGUGAACGAUUAAAUCAAGCAAUAAAAAUCUAUGAAAAAAAACCAUUAGCAAAUAUAUCUGGACAAAAUGUUGAAAUUGAUUCAGAAUCUCGUCGAGCUCUGUGUGAAAUCGAUAGUAUUGUAGCCAAUGAUGAUUUUAUUCGGAAAAGUUCAGUCAUUUGUCGUAUGUGUUUGGCUGUAACUUAUUUCGAUCCUUCUUUUAUUGAAGAAUUAAUUGAACAACUAGAACAAGUAAGUUAAAUCAUUUGAUAGAUGACUC